AUGAGGAUUAUCUCCUGUCAGUCAACCCUUGUGGCUGUAGUUGUGGUUACACUGGCUGUGGUGUCCUGCGCUGAAGCUAAGACUACACAGAAGCCGAAGUACCAGUACACCAAGAAGCCCGUCCCUCAGAUCACCGUGCACAGCCCUGUGACCACCAGCAUGCCCAAGAAUCUCAAGACAGUGUCGAGUUCAAAUCCUGUGAAGCCCCAUCCGCUGCCCGCCACAGAGAAGAACACCUAUCCAAAUAACGAUUAUCCACAGCGCUACCCGGAGGGCACCGAGCCCCCUGGUGCCGGUCCUGAGAAUUACACUCUCGAUUACAACGAGUGCUACUUUAACUUCUGUGAGUGCUGUCCACCUGAGAGAGGCCCCAGGGGGCCAAAGGGAGACAGAGGCCUGGGAGGGCCACCAGGUGAUAGAGGCCUUACAGGAGCAGCUGGUUUACCUGGCCAAACGGGAGUCAGUGGUCCUAUGGGGUUAAGAGGAGACAGGGGUGAGAAAGGUGAGAAAGGAAGCAGUGGGACAGGCGGGCCCCAAGGAGUCCCUGGGAAACCAGGACAAAAAGGUGAUUCUGGUUCAAAAGGUGAAAAAGGUGAAAUAGGGUUGCAAGGUGUCAAAGGUGAUGGUGGUGUGAAGGGGGAACCUGGCCAGAAUGGGACUGCUGGUGAGAAAGGAGAACCGGGAAAAGAUGGGCCAGUUGGACCUCCAGGAGUGGCUGUUGAGUUAGGUCCUAAAGGAGACAAGGGAGAUAAGGGGGAUUGUGGCACUUUUGUGGAGAGAGGACAGAAAGGUGAGCGAGGGGAUACUGGAUCUCCUGGCAUUCCAGGAGGGAUGGGCAUUCCAGGAAUAAACGGCAAGCAUGGUUCCCCAGGUCCUGUGGGUGUCCGUGGGGAUCAGGGACCUCCAGGACCACAAGGAGAACCAGGGCCUAGAGGACCCGAGGGACCACAAGGAGUAAGAGGGAUGUUUGGGCCAAAAGGGGACAGAGGUUUCCCUGGGAAGAGAGGUGAUCGGGGCAUUCGUGGAUUGAAAGGAUCAAAGGGAUCAGAGUAUACCCAGAAACGCUCAGCCUUCAGCGUAGGUAUCUCUCCAAGAAAGUCCUUCCCUCCCUCUGGCUUCCCGAUCCGCUUCGACAAAGUCUUCUACAACGAAGAGAACCACUUCAAUGUCACUUCCAACAGCUUCACAUGCGUCCACGCCGGGGUUUACGUCUUCUCCUUCCACAUCACUGUACGCAAUCAGCCUCUCCGCGCCACGCUGGUGGUGAACGGGUCACGGCGGGUAAGGACGCGGGACUCUCUGUACGGUCAAGACAUCGACCAGGCGUCCACUCUGGUGGUGCUGCAGCUGGUGGUGGGUGAUCAGGUGUGGAUGGAAACGCUCAGAGACUGGAAUGGUGCAUAUGCCAGCAAUGAGGAUGACAGCAUCUUCUCUGGGUUCCUGCUUUACUCAAACACAGUCUGA